AGGCACUCCUUAAAUUAUUUUUAAAAUCUAACAAAUUAUUUUCAGCUCAAUAUACGUACGUACAUUAGGCACUCCUUAAAUUAUGCAAUAGUUGGCAAUAUAAACGAAUUGAAGAUUUAUGAUCCCAGCAUCUUUGAGAUAAUAACAACAAUGGCGGAAGAUCGUUCAUUAACUGAAACUCCGACAUGGGCAGUCGCAACUAUCAUCUCUCUCAUGGUUAUUGUUGUCUUCUCCUUCACCAAAUCUGUUGAAUUUUUUGGACGGUGGUUAGAUAAGACGAAAAGGAAAACUUUGGUGGCUGCCCUUAACAAAAUCAAAGAAGAGCUUGUAGUAUUUGGGGUACUGUCUCUUCUGAUGGGCCACUUCACAAUCUUUGUGGCCAAAAUCUGUAUAAAAUCAUCAGUGUUCAGCACUAGGUAUUAUCCAUGUAUACCAGAAACUACAUCAGCUAAAUCAUUGGAGGUCGUUCAACACAUGAUUAUUUCAAAUUACUCAAAGUAUGCCCCUCUUGAACACCAAGAUUUUGCCGUAUUUCAUGCUAGGAAAUAUUGUGAUGAGGGAUACGAGUCCUUGGCUUCAUAUGAAAGCCUCGAGCAGCUUCAUCGUCUAUUGUUUGUUCUUGGUGUUAUACAUGUUACUUACAGCUCUAUGGCCAUUGCACUAGCUGUUAUUAAGAUCUAUAGUUGGAGGGCAUGGGAAGAUGAAGCUAAAGCCAUGGCUUCACAAGCCUCACAAGACAAUACAAAGAUAAAGCGAUUGUGUUCCUUUGUUGUCAACCGUGCAUAUCACCCAUGGAGCCAACACAAAGUGUAUGUUUGGCUGCUUUGUUUCAGCCGUCAAUUUUGGAGUUCAAUUAACAAGUCUGAUUAUGGUGCUCUCCGCUUUGGUUUUGUUACUACUCAUCAACUUCCAUUAUCCUAUGAUUUUUUCAAUUACAUGGUCAGAAGUAUGGAUGAAGAAUUUCGUGACAUUGUUGGUAUAAGCUUGCCUCUUUGGGUCUAUGCCAUAGUCUGCAUUUUCCUUGAUUUUCAUGGAACUGAUGUCUACUUUUGGCUUUCCUUUCUUCCGGCUAUUAUAAUCAUCAUAAUCGGCACAAAGUUGCACCACAUUGUGGUGAAGCUUGCGGUAGAGAUCGUUGAUUCACAAUCAUAUCUCAAUACCCAAGAGUUUAAACUCAGAGAUGAGCUCUUCUGGUUUCGGAGCCCAAGACUUUUACUUAGGUUCAUACAAUUCAUAACUUUCCAAAAUGCAUUUGAGAUGGCAAUGUUCCUAUGGUCAUUGUGGGAAAUCAAAGGAACUUCUUGCUUUAUGGACAACCCAACAUUCAUAGUUACUCGCUUAACAUUCGGGAUAAUCUCCCAAGUUUGGUGUAGCUUCAUUACAUUCCCGCUGUAUGUCUUAAUAACACAAAUGGGAUCAAGGUUCAAGAGUGCAGUGAUAUCUGAAGGUGUAAGAAGAUCGCUACAUGGUUGGAAGUCAAGAGUGAAGGCAAGGCAAAACAGUUACAAGUCUAAUAAUAAUGUGCGACUAAGUUCAGCAUCAUCGAUGCCCUUGAUUCAUAAUAUGGAAAGAUAUGAUGAUUCUGGGAGCAACAGAAGCAACACCAAUAUUAGUAGUACCAGUAGUGGAAGAAGAAUAUGGAGAAAUGAAGGUUCCAGAAGGUUCUCACUGGUGGAUUUUGGAGACAAGACAUGGGCCGACUUUGAUAGUGACACUGACACUGGUAGUGAUAAUUCUUAUAAUGAGGAGGAUGAUAAUCACACACAAGAUGUUCCUUAUGCUCGCCUUCCUUGAUUCUCACUUCCUAUGUAUUUUGUCUGUCCAUUUUUAUUCUUUACGUUUGGUAUCAUUCAUGUUAUUUAACCAUUCAUUAACGUGGAUUGAGAUUUUUUUUUUUUUUUUUAACAUUAUCAAUUACGUUUAUUUAUAAUAUUUUCACUUUUAUCCAAAAUCUAACAUUGAAAAGAUGUGAGAUAUUUAAUAUUCCAAUGGGGAAAUGU